AUGUAUUUGAUACACGACGUUGUAAUGAAAUUUGCCAAACUUCAGAGAGCAAACAAAAGAAUAAAAGCCCACGAGCAUGUGACGACAUACUAUAGUCCCAUUGUGAAAGGGGCAUACUUCUUCGAUGUGGAAGAGUUUGGGGAUAAAAUACCACUAUUAGUACCCCUCACAACAUGGGAUAUGUUAAUAUGUAUAAAGACACUUUACAACGAGGAAAUACCCAUGAUUUUAGAAGAAAAAAAUAUAUUGGCCCAAUUAUAA